UUAACUGGUUUCUGGCAGUCUAGAAACAGGUCCUAUUUGAUGACGUUUCCAUCAUCGUCUGCUCUGCUUUUUGUCUGUGGCAGUCAUUCUGCCAUUUGGAGUUUGAGACUUCAAGCUGACACUUGUGCAAAUGCGAAUCGAAAUUGUACCAAACAAACUUUAGUAUGGCAGCAAAAGGUUGUAAGAUACAAGAAUCGUCUUCCGCGCCCGAAAAUGCGCCGGCAACACCAAAAGUGAUGAUGGAAAAACAAAAAGUGUGGGUUCCUGAUGUUCAUAAAGGUUUCAUAUUGGGCAGAGUAGUAGAUUUGGGCACUGAAGAAAUAACUGUCCUGCCUAUCGAACAAGGAUUGAAGGAGAUUAGGUGUCUAUAUGACCGUGUGUAUCCUGCAGAAGAAGACGACAACAAAGAUGUUGAUGACAAUUGUUCUUUGAUGUUUCUAAAUGAAGCCACUUUUCUCAACAAUGUUGCAUUACGCUACAAGAGAGAUCAAAUUUACACUUAUGUGGCUAACAUUCUGAUUGCAGUGAAUCCCUACUUUGAAAUCAAAGGGCUCUAUAGCAAAGAUGCUAUCAAGAAAUACCAAGGGAAAUCACUUGGAACAUUGCCUCCACAUGUGUUUGCUGUUGUUGACAAGGCUUUUAGGGAUAUGAGAGUAUUAAAACAAUCCCAGUCCAUUGUGGUGUCAGGAGAAUCUGGAGCUGGAAAAACUGAAUCAACCAAGUAUAUCCUUAGGUAUCUCUGUGAAUCAGGGGGGCUGUCAGCUGGACCUAUUGAACAACAAAUUCUUGACGCUAAUCCACUUUUGGAAGCUUUUGGAAAUGCUAAAACUACGCGAAACAACAACAGCAGUCGUUUUGGAAAAUUUAUUGAAAUCCAUUUCACAUCCAAAUACACCAUCGCUGGUGGCUUUAUAUCUCAUUACUUACUUGAGAAGUCUCGUAUUGUGACACAAAGCAAAGAAGAGCGCAACUAUCACUUCUUUUAUCAACUGUGUGCUGGCGCGUCUGAAAAGCUGAAGGGACAACUCCAGUUGCGUAGCCCUGACCACUUUCACUACCUUUCUCAAGGGUGCACUCAGUAUUUUCUUUCGAGGGGUUCGGAUAGCUCAAUAGAUCCUAAUAGGAAGAGUAAAGAGCAUCGAAGCCGAGGAUCGUUAAACGAUCCAUUGCUGGACGAUGCCAACGACUUCAAGCAAACUGACAAAGCAUUGAGUAAUUUAGGGAUGUCGGACGAUGAGAAACUUGCUAUUUAUUCUGCCGUAGCCGCAAUUCUGCAUCUUGGAAAUAUAACAUUCGAAGACAAUGCUGAAGAUGCCCGUGGUGGUUGUCAAAUAGCGAAAUCCAGCCAUGAGGCAUUACGAAACGCCUCGGCUUUGAUCGGCGUGGAUCCAGAAGAACUCCAUCAUGCCCUACUUUCCCGAGUAAUGCAGCCAAGUAAAGGAGGCAUAAAGGGUACUGUCAUCAUGGUUCCACUGAAGGUUUUCGAAGCCAGCAAUGCCCGUGAUGCUUUAGCAAAAGCUAUUUACAGCCGCCUCUUUGACUAUAUCGUCCAUCGGAUCAACCAAAGCAUUCCAUUCCAGUCAUCCAUGCACUAUGUCGGUGUACUAGAUAUUGCCGGGUUCGAGUAUUUCACCGUCAACAGUUUUGAACAAUUUUGCAUCAAUUACUGCAAUGAAAAACUACAACAGUUUUUCAACGAGCGAAUCUUGAAGGAGGAACAACUUUUAUAUGAUAAGGAGGGUUUAGGCGUUAAAAAAAUUGCGUACGUAGAUAAUCAGGAUUGCAUCGAUCUGAUUGAGGCCCGCACCAGCGGAAUAUUUUAUCUCCUGGAUGAAGAAUCAAAGUUGCCUAAAUCGAACCAUACGCAUUUCACUUCCACCGUUCACUCGGCCAAUCCUAACCACUUCCGUUUAGCGUUGCCACGAAAAUCUAAAUUGCGGGACCACCGGGAAAUUCGCGAUGACGAAGGAUUUUUGAUCCGUCACUUUGCCGGAGCUGUUUGCUACCAGACGGCCAAGUUCAUUGAAAAAAAUAAUGAUGCCCUUCACGCUUCCCUCGAGUGCAUCAUCCAGGAGAGCCACAACCCUUUUCUCAAAAGUUUGUUUGUGGCCUCUACAAGCAACAGCUCCCAACAAUGGAAAGGAAAGUUGUCUUUCAUUAGCGUCGGUUCCAAGUUUCGAAUGCAACUCAAUGAGUUGAUGGAAAAGCUACGCAGCACCGGAACAAAUUUCAUUCGUUGCGUCAAACCCAAUCUCAAAAUGGUUGACCAUCUUUUCGAAGGGGGUCAGAUCCUCUCGCAACUUCAGUGUUCGGGAAUGACGUCUGUUUUAGAACUCAUGCAACAGGGUUAUCCAUCGAGAGCACCAUUUGUUGAUUUAUACAAUAUCUAUAAAUCGAUAUUACCGCCUCAACUUGCACGCCUUGAUCCACGUCUAUUCUGCAGGUCUCUUUUUCAAGCACUGAAUUUAAAUGACCAAGACUUCAAAUUUGGUUUGACGAAGGUCUUUUUCAAGCCCGGUUCGUUUGCCGAGUUCGAUACACUCAUGCGCUCUGACUCGGAACAUUUGCGUCAAUUGGUCAAUCUAGUUAGACAAUGGCUACUUAAAUCUCGUUGGAAAAAAGCUCAGUGGUGCGCUCUCAGCGUCAUUAAGCUGAAGAAUAAAAUUCUAUACCGAGCACAACAAUUGAUCAUCAUACAGAAAACGGUGCGAAUGCAUUUGGCUCGUAAAAAGUACCGUCCUAGAAUUGUAGGGCUGCGUCAAGUACGAGCCCUUCAACAAUCCGUAAAACAAUCGGAGAGAAUUGUUCAUCAGUUGAAGGAUAAACAAAGUUCAGUGCAGCAAAUGCAGAAAUUGCAAGCAGAUUUGGAAAAUGCUGCCCGCUCGUUUAAGGAGAACGAACGAAUCGCUGAAAAAGAAAUAAAUAUGGUCGUCGUUAGACUGGAGCACCAGGCUGAUGACCUUAUGAAGACUCUGAAAGCUAAAGUUGAACAGCAAAAGUCGGCUGAAGAACAAGAAAAAUUGCGGAAAAUUCAAGAAGAGAUGGCUCGAGAACGUCGGCGGAAAGAGGAGGAAGAAAAACGGCGUUUGGAAGAAGAAGAUAAUCGGAGAAAACGAGCAGAAAUGGAAAUUAAGCGUAAAGCUGAAGAGGAAACGCGUAAACGACAAGAAGAAGAUGAUCGUCGUGCUGCCGAACAGUUGCAAGCCGAGUUGGAGCGUAAUGGGGUUAACCAGACUCGUCUGUUGGAGCAAUUGGAACAAGAACGACGUGAUCACGAGCUGGCGCUUCGCCUUGCGCAAGAGACCAAUGGACAAGUGGAUGAUGCUGAUCUUAGCAGUCAGCUACGUCGUUCAGAUGUUGUCAUGCUGCAAAGAGCUGCGUAUGCUGGCAAAAAGUAUGACCUCUCGAAAUGGAAGUAUUCUGAACUGCGUGAUACUAUCAAUACUUCUUGCGAUAUUGAGUUGCUUGAGGCUUGCCGGGAAGAGUUUCACCGUCGCUUAAAGGUUUAUCACGCUUGGAAAGCUCGUAACAAGAAAAGGACUGCAGUGAUGGAUGAAAAUCAAAGAGUGCCCCAAGCGGUGUUGGAUGCUGCUAGCAAACCCGUGUUGCGACCCCGUACAUCGGUGAUGGUUCCUUCUGAUGCACAGCGCUUUUUCCGCAUUCCGUUUGUCAAACCAAAUGCAGAUAGUAGUGCACCUGCUGAUAAAAAGGGUUAUUGGUAUGCCCAUUUUGAUGGCCAAUGGAUUGCAAGGCAAAUGGAAUUGCAUCCAGAUAAGCCUCCAGUAUUAUUGGUAGCUGGGCUUGAUGAUAUGCAAAUGUGUGAGUUAAGUUUGGAUGAGACAGGAUUAACUCGUAAAAGGGGAGCAGAAAUUCUUGAGCAUGAAUUCGUUCGCGAGUGGGAAAAGGCUGGAGGUGCAACUUACGUACGACCAGCUGAUCGUAACCGCAAGGCCGCAAUUACGCCAGCUAAAUAACAUUGUCAUUCCAAAAUUUAUGUCGUGUUAUUAAUAUUUUUACUGUUUCAAUUUCGUUUUAGGCCUAGUAGAAUAUACGCGACAAGUGGCGAGGUUAACUUGAAUCAGUAGUGCAUUCCAAACUCCUUCCAUCCUAAAGCUGUUUCUUUAUUAACCUUAGAAAAAUAAAAGGCAUAGCAUUCUACAAUCUA